AUGGAUCAUGCACAUGUACAGGGUAUUGGACUGUUUUUGAUUUUAGUAGAUUCUUUUUCUGGAUGGCCGGAAGUUAUUAAGGUAAAUAACCGUGAAGCGACCACUGUAAAGGCAGUACUACAAAGUGUUUUUUCAAGAAAUGGAGUUCCAGAGGUUUUAGUAUCCGACAAUGCUGCGGAAUUUCAUGAUACCACCUUACACCAGUGGCUAAAGAAAAUAGGUGGCGUACCUUUUAAGACUCCACCUUACCAUCCUCAAUCUAACGGAGCAGCUGAAAGAAUGGUAGAGACAGUUAAGAUGGGUUUAAGAGCUUAUUCACCGGACAAAGGUUUAUUAUGUGGAUAUUUAAGCAGAAUGCUUUUAAGUUACAGAACAAUACCUCAUGCAGGAAGAUCAAGGAGUCCUUCCAAGAUGAUGGGAAGGCAGUUGAGAUCCCCUCUCACCAUGAGCUUCGAAAGUGGAACACCUUUAUGGUACCGCCAAAGACCAGAUUCCAAACCUGAACAUGCUUCAUUCAUCUCUCAGGCAGGUUUAAACACUGCGAUCAUAUUAAGGAAUAACUCUUCGGGUAUGUUAGCACACUGUGACUAA